GAGGAAGCAUGGGCGUCCAGGGCUUCCAAGAGUUCCUGGAGAAGCGCUGUCCCGGGGCUGUGGUGCCUGUGGACCUCCUCAAACUCGCGCGCACCGUCUCGCGCCAGCAGCAGCAGCAGCACCUGCACCGCCAGCUGCCGCCAGCAGCCCUAGCGCCAGGGGCUCCACGCAUCACCAGGGGCUCUGCUCCUCUGCCGCCGCCGCCGCUCCCGCCCGCUGCCUUUGGUGCUUACUCCGGGGGCGCGGGGCCGUCUCGGCACCAUCACCCUGCUCACCAUUUCCACCACCAUGGCCAAGCGCCGCCAGGGCUGCAUCCGCCGCCGCCCCCUCCGCUGCCUGGGGCUCGGGUAUUGGUAGACGCGGGCUCGGCGCUGCCGCGGCUCUAUGGUGGCUACCAGACGGAUUGGGUUUGUGGCGGCCAGUGGAAUGCCAUGCUGGGCUACUUGUCAGCGCUGUGCCAGGCUUGUGCCUAUCCGGGCGGAGACGGCCUGGAGCUGGUGGUCAUGUUCCCUGGGGGCCUGGGGAAGGACCGACUGGCCGAGUGGGGCCGUCGGUGCCAGGCGGAGCGGCAGACUGCGCAACUGAUCGUGGGACACGUGGGCAACAAGGGCACCCCUCCACCGCGGGCCUGGUUCCUGCCACCUGCCUGUCUGAGCCACUGCGUGAGGCUAGCACUCAUCCGCUUCCGGGUCAAGGUCUUUCAGAGCCUUGAAGACCACCAUUUGGAAGUGGUGGCUUUUUUCAGAGAGAAUGGCUUUCAUGGUCUUCUUGCUCACGACUCUGAGUAUGCGCUUUACAAUAUUCCAUCUUACUACAGUUCCCAUGCGCUGAAGCUGAGCUGGAAUGGCAAGAACCUUACAACCAACCAGUUCCUGAUGCAGGAAGUGGCCAAGCAGCUGGGUUUGAAGCGAAUGAAUUUUCCCAUAUUUGCUGCACUGCUUGGUAACCACAUUCUACCGGAUGAAGACUUGGCUGCAUUUCACUGGAGCCUUUUGGGACCAGAACAUCCUCUUGCAUCACUUAAGGUCCGAGCUCAUCAGCUGGUUCUUCCCCCUUGUGACGUCGUGAUCAAGGCUGUUUCUGAGUAUGUUAGUUCCAUCAAAGACCCCUCAAACCUGGAUGUGGUUGGCAAGGAUGUCUUCAAACAAUCUCAGAUGCAAUGUGACAACCCCCUCAUGUUCCUGCUACUACGCCAUCCUGCCAUGAAGAACUACAUUCUCAAACUCUGAGAUGAAAUAAAUCCUCCCUUAUUUCUUGUCAAGUUGCUUUUGUCAGUCUAGGACAGAAGACAAAAUAGAACGAUUCAAGAAAGCAGUUGAGUACUAUUCAGUCACAACCAAACUCUCUUCACUGCCAGUGGGUCCUUCCUUUCUAGGCUUUCGAAAUAAUCGACUUGGAAAUCCUCCCCUUCCACGGAAUCAGAUGGGCCCUAUUUCUCCUGGAAAGCCAAUGUUUUCUCGCCAGGUGCCCCAGAAAAUGAAAUAUCCACCACCAUUUCCAAUGGGACCCAACUCGUCUCUUCUCUUCUCCCAUAGUGUGGGGGAAUCCCAUGCUUUCUCUGAGGAUGCCAUGCUGCAGGACAAUUCCUUUGCCAAUUGGGCUGUUUCUUAUGACUCUAAUACAUCCCAGUUUCCUAACUGCCUGACUUCCAAAACUUCACCUCCUUUGGGACCAGAUUCUUCCCAUUCCUCUUCCUCUGAUGGUGACGAGGCAAAUGGAGCUGGUUCUGAACAAAUCACAGAAGCAGUUCAACAACAGCCUGGAUGGGAAGAUCCCAAUGGUGACAGAGGGGCUUGGGGACAGCCUGCUGAUGCUGGAGUUUCGGAAACCACCGUAGCUGAAAGUGAACCUCAUAUCCCAUCUCUGUUAUCUAUGUCUACAAGGAACCACAUGGAUAUCACCAUUCCACCCUUACCUCCAGUAGCUCCAGAAGUCUUGAGGGUUGCUGAACACAGACACCGAAGGGGUCUUAUGUAUCCAUAUAUUUACCACGUCCUUACUAAGGGUGAGAUUAAAAUCCCUGUAUGUAUUGAGGAUGAAUGUAACAUGGAGCUGCCUCCAGCUGCUCUCCUGUUUCGGUCAGCUCGCCAAUAUGUAUAUGGAGUUCUUUUUAGCCUAGCAGAGACACAGCGAAAAAUGGAGCGUCUGGCCAUACGGCGCCGGUUACCUAUGGAAGUUCCUUCUGUGAUCCUUAAAGAGUGGUCUGCAUAUAAAGGGAAGUCACCUCAGACCCCCGAGCUGGUAUCUGCACUCACUUUUCGAGAAUGGACUUGCCCAAACCUCAAGAAGCUCUGGUUAGGCAAAGCAGUUGAGGACAAGAACAGGAGGAUGCGGGCUUUCCUGGCCUGUAUGAAGUCAGACACGCCCAGUAUGCUCAAUCCAGCUAAUGUCCCCACCCACCUGCUGCUCAUGUGCUGUGUACUCCGAUACAUGGUUCAGUGGCCUGGUGGCCGAAUCCUGCAUCGCCAUGAACUUGACACCUUCCUUGCACAGGCAGUUUCUACUCAGCUUUAUGAACCAGAUCAGCUUCAAGAACUCAAGAUUGAGAAACUGGAUGCUCGAGGGAUCCAGCUUGCUGCCCUCUUCAUGAGUGGGGUCGACACAGCUCUGUUUGCCAAUGAUGCAUGUGGACAGCCAGUCCCAUGGGAGCACUGCUGCCCCUGGAUUUACUUUGAUGGCAAGCUGUUCCAGAGCAAACUCAUUAAAGCAGGCCGAGAGCGAGUAUCACUGGUUGAACUCUGUGAUGGCCAGGCUGACCUGGCCAGCAAAGUGGAGAAGAUGCGGCAGAGCAUCCUUGAAGGCGUCAACAUGAAUCAUCCGCCACCUUCUGCUCUGCUCCCCUCACCUACUUUCGUGCCCCCCAUGGUGCCCUCUCUCUACCCUGUUUCUCUGUAUUCCAGAGCCAUGGGCUCAUUUCCACCUCCCCCUCAAGCAAGGAGUCGAGGGUUUGCAGGUCUCCAUCCAAUCCCACCCCAAGGAGGAAAACUGGAAAUUGCUGGCAUGGUGGUGGGCCAGUGGGCUGGCAGCAGAUCUUCCAGAAGUCGAGGAUCCUUUGGCAUGCAAGUGGUUUCUGUCGGUGGGCCAGGAAAAGGACACGGAAAAGAACAGGCUGGCAGAGGAUCCAAAGGUCACAAAAAAGGAAAUAAACAAGGCUCUUCAGAUGUAAUUUCCAAAGCCGUGGAGCUUCAUCAGAGUCGGGCCCGCUCACAGGUGAAUGGAAACAAUGGCACAUUGAUUGUGGAGGAGAAGAGCGAUCCCCUUCCAGCUCCAUCCCAGUGCGCCUUAUCCAGAGACAGUAAUGAGUGUAAUAAUAGCGAUGACCACUGCCUCCCUGUGAAGAAUGGAGAGAAGAACCAUGUACCAGAGCAAGAGCUGGAAGCUGUGGCCCAACAGAAAGAGGAAUGAUAAGCUGAAGAUGGUUGCACUUGUCAGGGGGAGGAGAAAACAAUACUUUUCUGAUUCUAGGCCCAAGUUAGAGGAGGAUAGAAAUCUUUACCCUAGGCCUACCCUAGAUUUUCAGGAAAUAUUUAUGUAUUGUAUCCACCUUUUCGUCCCCAUCUUCUCUGGCUCCAGACUUAGAACCUAGGAGGUUUCUGGUUAAUGAUGACUAAGCUCCAAUUCUCAAAUAUACGGCACCAAUAUUUUCUUUGUACCUACUGAAGUCCAGUGAGGCAGUAACUGUCAGAAAGAAGAUAUUAUUACAUGAGUCCUAUGGAAAAGUUCUGGCUUUGGUUUUCUGAGUAUUUAAUGUGAUAGCUCUGAGUAUUUAAUGUGAUAAACUUGUAUGAAAAAUAUGGGAUUGAAAGAUAAGCUGCCUAUGGGUUCCUGGUUUUUGCCUUUAAGGUAAUGAAACCUUGGUACCUAAUCAGUAUCCUCCUUACUCUCUCCCCUAACUCACCUACCCCAGGAUUUUGUAUACCACCUCUAGCUCUGGCCUGACAAUCAGAUAGGUAGAUGUUUUCAGGGAAGUAGAUAGUGUUGGUUUGGGUUAUUUUAUUUUGUUUUUUUAUUUUAUACACUUAAAAAAAACUACAAUGGCCUUUGUACUGGGAGAUUCAAGUGAGUCCGAAAAGUACUGGGCAGAUUUUUCCUGCCUCCCAACCAGUGCAUUGUUUAUAAAAUAGAAGCUAUGGUGCAGUUCACUCUCUGCUGCCCACACUCUAAAAGGGUGGGAAUUAAUGUUAUGAAACUGAGUACAAAAGGGACUCAAAGACUUUAUGUGUGUGUACAUGUGUAUAGGUGUGUGUGUGGGUGUAUAUAUGAACAUGUGUAUCUAUAUGCAUACACAUACCCUUUAUAUAAGAGACAGAUCUAUUUAUCUAUACAUAUUUUAUAUAUAUAAAUGUGUGUAUACAGAUAUAUAUACACAUACAUACAUACAUGGUAAAGUUCCAGAAGAUUUACUGAAUUUCCCAGAAAUGCUUCCACUGCUAUGGAAUGGUGGGUUUCAAAAGACCAUACUUUAAAUCUGAAAUCCUUACUAAGUCACAGCCUAUCACAAUUAUGAGAAGAUGGGCUACUCUAAAUCAGACACAGAGUACUUUCCAGAGAUUGCCUGUUCAGAACAACAAAUACUUCACUUUGAACAGAGCCCUCACAUCCCAUAUGGUGAAAACAGGAGGUUGAGAUGGGAUUGGGAAAAGUUGCACAUUUUUUAUGAAGGUCUGGAGAUAGAAAAGGGAUCGGAGGUAAUUUCCAUUUGAAAAGGCUUUCAGCCAAUUUGGAAGAAAUGUCUUUUGGAACUCCAGGAUCAAAUUCGCUUCUGGCAAGAACUAACUGACACGAAUCCAAGGAGGGAAAACUCACAUUGGAAUGAUGGGGUGGGGAGAUGUGAGGAAAUUUGACAAUUUGAUUUUACAUGCUUAGAUUGUUUCAUUUAUUCAUUGACAUUUUGACUACAGGAUCUUUUCAUUUGCUUUGCAAGGAAGAUGUCAGAGAACUUGGCCAGGGAUUUGAGAGGCAUUCUAUAAAAGAUUCUCAGUCCCUGUGGGGCCAAGAUCUGCCCAGGAUAAAAAGGCUCUUCCUCCUUGCUGGAGAUAAUCUUACGAAAACCUUGAUUUCCAGUUUCCCUCAUUUGGGGCAGCCCAAAUACAAGGGAUGGAAACAAGACUUGUAACAAACUAGUAGUAUAUCUUCAUUCAAGAAUUGAGGCUUCUAGCCAUACACAUCUCCUUUUGGACUUUGAUAUUCUUGCCCAAGAAAUAUAAUUUCUUCAAGAAUAUAACUGACUAGACUCCUAGCAGGGUCCUCUAUUUUUGGGGAAAAAAAUCCAUGCAUCUUAACUUACAAUAGAUCCUUGGUGAUUUUUUUCCAGACAACCAGAAGGCUAUGUUUGCUGUCUGCCCAUUCGUCUCAAGAAACUAAAUGUCUUGGGCUGUUUAACCCAAGUCUAACCCAGUUUAAGAAAACUCACAAUUUUCAGGGGAUAGGAGCCCUGGUAUGCUUUGCCCCUUGCCCAGACAUUUCUUAAAUAAGCCUAAUAAAGAUGGCAAGAGUAUGUUCCAUGCCAUAUAUGAGAAGAAUAAGAAGAAAAAAGUAUACAACACUUCCUCUUUGAAAGAGCUCCCCUGAUUUGGUUCCCUUUCUGAUCUUGGACCUACUCAUCCUUUCACAAUACCUUGAAGGUUAGGCCUUUUAUAUCCAGUAAGGGAACAAAUUCAUAGAGAAUAUAGAUGGCUUAGAAUCACCAUCUAAGCCACAGAAGGAUGAAUCCUUUGGAGCUCUAAAAGUAACCAGAAUCACUGAGUGAGUGAAUGGUUAGCUACAUGGACAGAUACUGACUAGGAAGUACUUGGAGUUAAAUGUUAGAGUAUCUUCAGUUGCUGUUUCUGUGCAUUGUAAGUCUAUCUGACACAGUCAGAUGACAGUAUUGUUAACUCUUAUGUCCUUCUCACAACAGGAAGAUUUCUUUUGUAACUAUUCACUGUGAGAGGUAAAGUUGCUGCUUUGACAGAAAUGAUUCCAGUUUGCCAAAAGACAAGCUUUUCUCCCUUUCACAAGCCUCUGCUUCUCCCUAGCCUGGCCCAGGAGGAAACAACUUUGAAUUUUGUUUUGAUUGAGCAUUUGGGGUUUGGGAAGUUACAAGAACGAACUAUAGAGGAUUAUGUUCCUAUGUACCCACCAAAACACACAAUUUAAAAGCCAGGUUUGUUACUGAUAGAUGAAUGAACUUUUUCUAAUUGGAAGACAAGUUGGGGGCCUUUGCUGUACCUGCUUGAGGUUCUACUUCUGAUUCUCACUGGCUGCUCUUGGACAAAGUCAUCUUGGAAUCCCCAGAAAUGACUGCUUUACCGUGUAUGGACACAGCAAAAACAAAAACAGAACCCUAAACCGGUUUUGUGCAGCCACUGAUUGCUAAGGUCUUGCAGUUCUUCUGUCUGUGUGUCUUUGGGUCAGCCUGUAACUCCUGCCUUUUUAAGUGACUGAUCCUGACAGACUUCUAUUAUUUAAAUCAUUUUCACUGUACAUAGGUAGGACUUCAGGCAUAUUGAAGCCCCCUAAAAUGGCACUUUCUUUGGCUAGGGACAUUUGCUUUUUGUCUCCAUCUGAAUUUUCUGACAUUGUUGGCCAAAUUACCCUAAUACUUACAUUACUGAGAGAGAGAGAGAAAAAAAACAGACAAGUAUUGGGGGGAGGAGAUACAAAAAAUGCUUAUGUAGGAUAGAAAGAAUAAGAGUAGCCCUUUGGGUAUGAUGAUUCAGUCCUUUGAAACCUUAGAAGGCCCCUAUGGGUAUACAAUGCCACCCUUUGAGCCUCUAACCACCCCCACCCAUUAAAAUGACAGUACAAGUAGACCACAGUUUAAAGUAGUUAGUCUAAUUCUACUAAAGGCUUAACCAUUCUUCUCUUCACUUUCAGAUGCAUAGUUCCUAAAUACUCUUGGGGUUUGGGGGGAUACGUUUUCACUCUUCCAUUGUGUGUCCCCUCAGUUUUCUCCUUACCAUCUCUCUGGCUUCUUUUUUAAUGUUCUCUUUCGUAUCGAUGUAGUCUGCUGGUACAGAUAGCUCAGUGCGCCUAUUCCCCUUUUAUUGCUGAUUAUCUUCAAUAUUGUCUGAGGAUAUUUUGAUGUUCUAAGAAAAUGUCACUUUUUACAAAAAUCAUCUUUUCUAAGUUAAAAGCAAACGAAAACAUCCCCUCUGCUGGGGUGCCCAUUUCAGCUUUUGCCAUUGUCCCUGUACUUUUAUAGGUGACUUUUUGUCCGUGUGGGUAGUAAAUAAUGGCUAGUGAAUUUUCAUGUAAAUGAAGCAAGUGAAAUAUUGCAGAUUUUAUUAAUCUCUCAUAACCCUGCCAGAUCUGAUGAAUUCAUUUUAAUUACUUCCCAGAAGGGAUUUUCCUCCUGCAUUUUAUUUUAUUCUAUUUUUAGACUAACGUACUAGAUUAAAAAAAAAAACAAAAAACAAAAAAAACAACAAAAAAAACUUUAACUGCAAAGAGUCAGUGAUUUUUUAGUGCUCCCUGAUAAAUGAUGUUAUUGACAAAAGUAAGAAAUUCUUUUGUUGUUGUUUUUUUUCCUGUGCUCUUGACAGUGUGUUUAGUGGAUGGAUAAUGCGUAUUUCUCUUUGCCACUCCCAGAUUCCAAGUUCCCUGCCUUUUGGCCCACCUCACCACAAAAGCUCCAUAGUUUAUUAAUGUAAGUUUGAGUGGAUGCUUCUUGGGGGAAAAUGCAGGACUUAAUGGAAAUGUCUCAGAAAGGAAUGAGAACGUCUCAGGAGUUCUGUGAUGGAAUUUGAUCUGUUGUUCUGUUAAUGCUGAUGGAAAGAAACUUACAGCGCUUAAUAAAAGUCUAUUCUUUUAGUUUAAAAAAUGCAAAAUGA